AUGCAGCAGGAGCUGGCAGAGGAGGUGACAGAGCACACCAUCGUGGGGCCAUGGCAAGAGGCACAGCACUGGCAGGCAGCCAACUAUCGGGCUAUCUGGCAUGGCCAGCAGGCCCACUGGAGCCCUUCACUGACCGGCAGCUCCCGUGCAGCAAGGAGGUACAGGGCUUCUCCAGAAACAUCACCCUUGGAGGAGGACACCAGUGGUGGUGGUUCAGAUCCUGACGAUGCCCUAGAUGUGAAUUCACCAUUUCCUGGCUCUGGCCGCCGGCGCCGUCUGGCCCGGCGCCCCGAGCACUUUGCCGCUGUUGCAGGAAGCGUCAGGUUUUCCGGAGAAGAUUACAAGCUGCUGGGCGUGGAUCUCGGCGACCUGCCCCUGCUGGAGGGCGCCCUGCGUCGCGCCGGCCUGAACCCCGCCGCGCCCACCCUGAUGAUCGCAGAAGUGGUGCUCCCCUACAUGGAGGUUGGCAGGUCAGAUGCUCUGAUUCAGUGGGCAGCUGGGCACUUCCUGACGGCGUGGUUCAUUCUGUAUGAGCAGAUUCAUCCCAGUGACCCUUUUGGCCGUGUCAUGCAAAACCACUUCAGCCGCCUGCAGUCCCCGCUCCACUCCCUAACCUCAUACCCAGACUGCAAGGCCCAGCGGAUGCGCUUCCUCCAGAGGGGCUGGGCAGAAUGCCACACCAUAGAUAUGAAUGAAUUCUAUGGCUGCUUUCUCCCUGUAGAGGAGCGGAGGAGGAUUCAAGCUCUGGAGCCCUUUGAUGAAUUCGAGGAAUGGCACCUGAAGUGCUCUCAUUAUUUCAUCCUUGUCGCAUCAAAGGGAGAAGCCUUGUGUGCAACUCCUGUGUUUUCUGGGAUGGAAGCCUUCCUGACUCACCGUGUUCCUUGCUUUGCUGGGACUGUGGCUGCAUCUCUCUGCGCAGCAGGUGGGGCAGUUGCCGGCCUGAAGCGGUAUGGUCAUUGCUCAGUGCUCCUUGCCCCUGAUGUAAUUCUGACCACUGGAGGUUUUGGUGACCACGGUGGGCGCCAUUGCCGCUUGACUGAGCUGCACAUUCUGAUCAAGAACAAGGAUGGUUGGAGAAGUGACGAGGUCAGACUGGCUGAGCCAGGAAUGGCUUGGGAUGGGCGGCUUUUCCACACAGUAACCCUUCUACGCUCAGGCUGGGCUAUGGUACUGGGUGGGCGCAAGUCCCCAGUGAACCCUGCUCUGGAAGUCCUUCACUUAAGAGGACUGGGGGAUGCUGAUUCUUCGAGCCCCAGCAAUCCUGUCAUUGAGCUUACUCAGUUGCCACCUGUCAAGGGCCUCUCCUUGCCCCGCUGGAGACACACCGCCACAGAAGUCACGUAUGAAGGACAAGCUUACCUCUUCGUUUAUGGAGGUUGCAGUUCUGGGCAGUCUGUGCAAGCUGAUUGGUGCUUUCUGCAUUUGGAGGAACUCUACUGCCAGCAGAUUCCAGUGGAGGGUCCCAUUCCGGCUGGCCGUCACUCACACAGUGCCUGUAGUUGGGAAGGGGGUGUGCUCAUCGCUGGUGGCCUGGAGGCAUCUGAGAAACCACUGGGCAGCAUUCUGUUUCUGAGGCCAACAGUAAGAGGCUUCUGGUGGCAUUCUGUCGAGACCUGCCCCCCACUCACGCCUAGGUAUUCACACACAGCUCACGUGCAUCGUGGGAAACUGUUGCUUGUGGGUGGGGUCUGGUUCAGUGCUCCUUCAGUGCCUGGCGUUGCUGUGAUAGACCUGGCGACAAGAGUUCUUACGGAGUAUUGUAUUGAUACAACAUUUCUGGAGUGGCCUCUGAUGCUGCACAACCACAGCAGUGUCUUCAUGCCUGACAGAGAGGAGGUGAUUCUUACUGGUGGGGGCGGCAACUGCUUCUCCUUUGGGACUCAUCUGAACUGGUCUCCUGUCCGCCUGGAUCUGAGCAACAUCUGGAGGGCUGGGCCUUGACAUCUUACAGGUCAAGAGGACUUGUUUGUGAGAGGACAAGGUCAAAGCAGGGCUGGAUGAUUUGGUGGACUGGAUUCAUUCAUUCAAGAACAUCCCCUCCUUUAGAAACAGUGGCAGCCUCUCCAAGAAGAGCUGCAUUCCUGCCUCAGGAAGACAUUCUGUAGGUGACACCUGGCUGGGACAAGGAGUCCAGGUGGCCCAGCACAGAGGGUCACACACUAAAACUACUCAGACGUGGAGCCCCUGUCUUCUUUCCUACCUCCCAGACAGAUAGGCACUGUCAGUAAGAGAGUCCCCUUUGUAUUUCCAAUGGAUUUCCAGGGGGAAUUUUACAAUUUCCUUGGUAAACCCUUGCAUCUCCUUCCCCUGUGCCCAUCUUUUGUGCAGCACUUUCUACUGAUUUCAGCUAGCUCUGGGUUAUAUUCUGGCUUGACAGAUAGCUUCUCUUGCCAUAUGCCAUUUCCCUACCAGCUCUCAAGGAAAAGCAAAUUAUAGGUGAGGAUCCAAAUAUAUGUUUGCUCUUGAAGGAUUUAGGCCUUGGGCAGUCCUAGCUACUCUCUUGCAAACCUCCAAGAGAGCCAGUGUGGUGAUGUGGUUAUGGUGCUGGCUAAAAAUCAGAGGUCUGUGAGUUCUAGGCCUCCCUUAGGCAUGAAAGCCAGCUGGGUGACUUUGGGCCAGCCCCUCCCUCUCAGUCUUCUUCUCAACUUCACAGGGUUGUUUUGGGGACAAGAGGAGACAGUAUUGCUGCCUUGAGUUGACUAAAAUAUAUUUUAAAAAGGAGGGAUAAAAAAACACCAACAGAUGACUAGAGGACAUGGGGAAAAGGUUUUGCCCCAUGCUGCAGAGAGGUAACCUUAGUCUUCCUAUGCUGGGACCCUGGGAGUCUUCCAUUGGAUUCCAAGGGGUGGUGUUGGGGUGCCUCUUGAGUUCUUUUGAUGGGACAGACCAAGAGGGCUGCAUCUGUUUUUCUCCAGAUGAGGAAAAGUUUUCUCUUUGCACUUGGAGAUGCAGAAAACAAAAUAGAUACCUUUAUUUUCUUCCACCUGGAAUCUCAGUAGUCAGAGAGGAGUGUGUCUCUUAAAAUACCAAUAUUGCUAUAAAAACAGUUUUCAAACUCCCCCAGUACACACCUUUUUUUCCUGCUUGCCCCUCCAUUUUCACAGGGUGAUUAUGAAGAUGUUAGCAAUUGAGCCUUUCUCAUGGAGAAGCUUUUUGUGAGUAUUCAACAAACUGCUAGCAGAGAAAUUGGGCAAACCUGAGCACAAAGAUGAGUGGCAUACUCCUAGGCUUAAGAGGGUCAGCUCUCAAUUGCUCUGACAGCUCUUCCUGAGAUCAGUUCACUGGGUUUGUUCAAUAUGCUGCAGCUGGGCCAGAAAAGAAAACAACAAAUAAAAUCCUAGUGGUGGCAAACCUUUAAGUAACAAAAGCAAAUGGGUGGGAAUCUGUAGUUGUGCUCUGCAGUGCCCAUGGCACAUUUGUGUUUCUGCCCGAGAACAACCUUGCUUGCACAUUUAAUCAGUGUAUAAGGCCAUCCAUCUUGUAAAUGUGGGCAGCUAACAACAGGUUAAAAAUAAUUUUAAAAGAGUAAAAUCCUAUAAUGGUUGCUGAAGGUAAACCCGUGCAAAACAAUCAACUAAAACCUCUCGGCAGGCAUCUAACCUCCUAACCCACAGGCCUUGGACCACAUCCAGGCCUUCAGUGCUUUAUCAAGGGCCAGCAGGGCCAGAGCCCAUCUAGCCUCGGGGUCAGGGUGUUUCAGAGAGCAGGCACUGAGACAGAAAGCCAUAGAUAAUUGAGGGGGCCUGAACUAUGCCCUUUUCCUGUCUGACCUAAUGGGGUGGGUAGAAAAGGGAGAGGCAACCCUACAAAUAACCUGGCCUGACCAUGGAGGGUUUUAUAUGUGACCAGCAGCUUGAAUAGCACCCAGAAGCACACUAGGAGCCAGGGCGGCUUGUGGAGCAGAGGCAUGGCAUGGGCACACUCAGGUCCUGACUGGAACUGGCCCUGGAGGAAGGAGGAGAGCCACGGCCAGUCCAGGAGGGUAUUGUGACUGAUGGUAUCAAAAACCACUGAGAGAUCGAGGAGGGCAAGGAUGGAUGUCCCACCCCCAUCCCCUUCCUGCCAGAGGUUAUCCAUAAGAACAAUCAGUGCUGUCUUGGUCCCUUACCCAGGCCUGAAACCUGACUGCGAGGGGCCCAGAUAAUCUGUUUCCUCCAGGGCGCUCUGAAACUGCAGCGCAACCACCUCCCUGAGAAGGGAAAGAUGGAACAAAAUUUGUCCCAUGUGGUGGAGACCAGUGAUGGCUAUUUGAGGAGAGGGCAGACUGCUUCCGUAAGUGUUGGUGGGACCACUCCAUCUCUCAAGAAGGAAUUCACCACUUCCUAGGCCCAGCCAUGCAUUGUCUCCCAAGAAGCCUUAGCUAACCAGGAGGGACAUGGAUACAGGUAGCCAAGUUGCUUGGUAGCCAAGUUGCUUCUUCAGGACUAACAGAAUCACACACAGCCCAGAUAACAAAGUGUGACCAUGCCUCCAUCAGCUCCAUGGGUCCUGCCUCAAAGUCAGAGUCCAGCCUGGGGCAUAUCUGAGAAAUUUUAUCUGACAGGUGCUGGCAGUAUCUGCAGUAACUGCAAGCUUGUAGUGGUCCUUGAAAGCAGUGUCAGACAAUUAGAGUCUCAGUCUGAAGUUUUAGUCCUGCCUCUUCCUCAAUCACUUUGCAUCUGGACUUGCAAGACACUCUAUAGGGCUGCCCUUGAAGACUACAGAAGCUAUGGCUGAUUCAGAAUUUAGCUUUACUUGGAGAGGGGGAAAAAAAUUCCCCACCCUUUCCCAUUAUCCUGCUUUUAAAAUAGCCCCACUUUAGUUUAAACAGCUUUGUCCCCUUUGCUCAGACCUUUGGCUCAGUCAGUGUGGUGUACAGGCUUCUUAAUCCUCACCAACACCACCAGUGGAGGGGGAUGGUGCUGUAGGCUCCAUUAUGUCCAAUGGGGCAAGUCCCUGGCACAGCACUGAGGGUGGCUCACGUGACAAUCUAAGUGGGGCCAUGUACACGGUUGAGGGCUCGCUUUGGACAGCCAAAGCUGAAUCAUGGCUUCGUGGUCAGGACGUGUGGGACCUUCAUCCCCACAGGCCUGGAUUACUACAUGGUGUCCUAUAUGGGAAUCUAACACAGCACUUAGUGCACAGAGCAGCAACUCAUUUGUUGACAAGUUUGAGCUGCCACUAACAAGUAACAUCAAUAUUGUUUAUUGCUGUCUGUUUUUUUUUUAACCUGGCAUACUGUUCUGUUGGGGGUAAAUGUAAAUUGGUAAUUAUAAUGGUUCCUGCAGAAACUGCCAGGUCUUGUAGUGACAAGUAAAUUUGAGGUGCUGAUUUGAACAUUAAUGUCCUUUGAUGGCUUAGCACCUAGGUGUCUUAGGAUUCCUUCUCCGACUGGUAUGGACCUACCUGAUAUGUGUAUCCAGGUGAUGCCCACUUUGGGGACAUGAGGAGGGCUGGGACCUAGAAAUGGUUUUCAGGGAUGACCGCUCAGUAAGUUGAGUUCACCCCCUUUUUAAGAUUUCUAGAAAUUAAUUAAGAGAUUUUCUGGAGAGUUAACCUCCAGGAGUCCUUCCAAUUUAUGUCAGUAGGCAAAACUAAUAAAUGAAUAAAACUGAUCAGGU